CUACGCUGCCUCAACCUGGUCUAGCCAGUGCUGUUGCUGUGAGGUUGCAGCCCCUGUAUGGCCGGGCGUUCUCAGGGCCACGUACCCAGAGGGAACAUGUGGCUCAGAGGAAGCAAGGCCUGCUGGGAAGGUGGAAGUGUGAUAUAAAAAAGCUCUGUGGGUGCAGGGGGGAAGCCAGGCGAAGCAGUGGCAAGGGGGGCUGGUUUGGCCCUUUUCUAAGGGAGAAUCUGGGACUGCGGCUUAUGAGGGGCUGUGAUUGGCUGACACUGUCUGAGGAGGCCUAGCAGGAGGCCUGUGGGAAAAGUUUGAAGUAGCCCUGGGCCCUGUAAAGCAGAACAGUUUGGAAUUGCAAGGUGGGUAGCUGCUUGAUAACACAUAGUCCCACGGUUGGAGCCUGGAGUACAGGGAGGGCUUAGGCACCAACUAGAGAUGCAACCAGGGGCUGCAGAACUUUGUCCCUUAUGUGAGGGCUCAAGGGACCCCUGCAACCAAGAUGUGUAGGACUUUGGGAACCCCUGCCAGGACAUCUGUGCCCCGUGGAAUCUAAGAGAAGAAGCUGGGGAAACCCUGACACAAAGAGUUAAGAUUCUCUGGGUGCCUGUGUUUGAGCAUUGAGAAGAGUGAACAAAUCAGCGGAGAGUUACUAGCUGUUGUUUCUAAUAGCUGUCAGGCUAACGUUUUGUUUCAUGAUACCUGGUGAUGGAAAACCAAAGCAGAAUCAGUGACCUGCUUCAAAGUGCCCUUGACGAUCUUCUUGAGGAAGACUUCAAAAGAUUUAAAGACAAACUAUCACAUUCUGGCUUUAAGGGAAAAGGUACCAUCCCCCGAGGUCGACUGGAGAAGGCUGACAGGGUAGAUACUAAGAACAUCCUGAUCGCAUUCUAUGGUGGAGAUGCUGCAGUUGAUGUAACCAUAGAAAUUUUAGCUAAGAUCAAUGUCAGAGGGCCUGCUGCUAACCUCAAAAAAGACAGAGAGAAAGUGGUGUGCAGCUGCUCCUCCCUCUCCAUCUCCUGUUCCCUAGGUGAGCAGGCACAGGAACAAACUUUGGAUAGAUACUGUGGGGGAAGUCAGAGAGGAAGAUCUCCUGGGAGCACAGCUCUCAACUUAGGUGGAAGCGGCUUCCCUGCUGCCAUCCGGAUUGGAGAAGAUUUGCAUCCAAAUGGAAAACCCUUAGAGUUGUCUGCAAAAGGGGAACAUUUUGUGAACCGGCACCGAGCAGACCUGAUCCAACGUGUCUGCAUGGUGGACAGCAUCAUAGACAUGCUGUAUGGCACCGUGUUAGAUGAAGAGCAAUACCAGAGCAUCAGAGCCGAGAAAACCAAUCCAGACAAGAUGCGGAAGCUGUACGAGUUCAUGCCGAGCUGGAACUGGUACUGCAAAGAGCAGCUUUACCAGGCGCUGAAGGCCAAAAACAAGUUCCUCAUUGAAGAGUUGGAGAGCAAAUAAAUACAAUGAAUAAAAUGAGCUCCCCCUGUUUCCAGGGGGCUUCACCCCAAGUCUUUUCUCAGGGACACAGGUGUGACGCUGGCAGACCAGAUGCCAGGUCAUGCCAGAGCCGAUGGCCAAUUCACUUGUGUAUUAGUAUAGCUCAAAGUGGUUGUUAAAUGUAUAAGAGUGUAUUUGGUGUUUAAACAUUAUGAAAACUA